AGCAGCGUAGAAGAAGACUGAGGCUGUUUUUAUUAUUCCAUCUGUACCGUUGGCUGUGUGUUGUUAGCAGACUGCACUUUGUAAUCACCGCUUUUUAUAACAAAUGUAUUCAAAGAGUAGCUGUAUGUGUUGCGUUUGAAGAAUCAACUAAAACGCACCUUGAUGCGUUCUUUGCAGUGUUAAAGAUGACGGGUAGGGGCAGGAUGGUGCCCUGUGCUUGUCUGGGGCUGUUUGGUGUCCUGUGUUGGGUCUGGGUCUCCUUUGCAUCCUUUCCAGAUGAUCAACUCCCCCUGGAGGCUUUGGAUGCAGUGGACCGAGCAGCCUUUCAACCCCAGAGUGCUCUGUCAGAGAUGGAGUUCUCCUCUAUUUCUUCAUACAGAGGACCUGGCAACAGAGACCGCCGCAUCAACAAGGAGCUGCCCAUUCUCCUCUGGUGGAGUGGAGGACUGUUCCCACAUUUCCCUGGUGACUCUGAACGCAUCGACUGUGCCACAUCCUCCUGCCUGGUCACAAGCAACCGCAAGGUCCAGAUGUACAAGCGGACUGCAUCCAUCAUCUUUUAUGGGACAGACUUCCGGGCAUAUGAGGCGCCACUCCCUCGUCUCCGCCACCAGACCUGGGCACUGUUCCACGAAGAGUCCCCCAUGAAUAACUACUUCCUCUCCCAUGGACCGGGAAUCAGGCUGUUCAACUACACUGCCACGUUUCGCAGGGAGUCGGAUUAUCCUCUGACCCUGCAGUGGCUGCCCUCUCUGGAUUACCUGCUGCAGCCUGUGGCCGUGCCCCUGGGGGAGAAGAACCGUCUGAGGAGGGGGGGGCUGGCUCCUGUGCUCUACAUGCAGUCCCACUGCGACGUACCCUCGGACAGAAACAGAUAUGUCCAGGAGCUCAUGAAGUAUAUCCAGGUGGACUCUUACGGGAAAUGUCUGAACAACAAACCUCUACCUGAAAAUCUCGAGGACACAGCCACAGCGACCGGGGAAGAAUCCAGCUUUAUGAAUUUUGUUGCCCGCUACAAGUUCCACCUGGCGCUGGAGAACGGCCUGUGUCCGGACUACAUGACGGAGAAGCUGUGGCGGCCCCUGCACCAGGGCUGCGUGCCCGUCUACCGGGGCUCCUCCUCUGUGGCCGACUGGAUGCCCAACGACCACUCUGCCAUCAUCAUAGAUCACUUCCCCUCUCCCAAAAGUCUCGCUGAGUUCCUCAAACGUCUUGACGAGAACGAUGAUGAAUAUGCAAGAUAUUUAGAAUUCAAGAAGCCCAGCCGCAUUACUAACACUCGUUUGUUAGAGGCGCUGGAGACUCGCGAGUGGGGGGUUAAUGACAUGAGUAAACCCAACUACCUGAAUGGAUUUGAAUGUUACGUGUGUGACCAGGAGAAUGCACGACUGGCGGCAGAACGCACAUAUAGGAAAGCCCCCAACAAGAACCAACCUCCGAAGCCUAAAAUGGCAAACAACUCUCACAUGGGGUGCCCCCUGCCCGGCCCGGGGUACGGACAUGUCACAGACUUACCUGAAGAUGAUGGAUGGUUGCAAAUAUGGCCUCAGGAUUACUGGCAGAGCCUGGACCAAGCAGAGGGGCUGGAGUCUCUGAUAAGACAUAACGAGUCCGACCCUUCGCUGCUGUGGAAGCACAUCCAAAACAUGGCUGUGAGCAGAGCCAGAGGAAAACACUGACACAGGCCUUACAGAGGAUGGAGCACGUCCAGAAUUGCAGAGGUGUCCUAUAUUAUGCCUCCCCUUUGUUUAAACAAGGGAAUAAACCAGAAAUGACUAAUGUUUUUUCACCUGAGCCAAAACCACUUUAUCCUUAUUAGACAUUUGGUGCUACUGUAACAGAUUUGGAUAUCGUGUUCAGCUGACAUGAGUCGUUUGUCCUUAGUUUGUCCCUAGUUCAGUAAUGGGAAAAUAAUAUUUUAGAGUUCUGUUUGCCAAUAUUUUUAAGUUGUUUGAUUGCUAGAACUGAGGUGCCAUCAUUGCCUGUACUCUGCCUUGCAUUGUUAACAUUAACUGGAGGCAGAUUUUCAUUGGGCUGCGGCAGAGCCAGGGGACGGUGCUCUGCUUAACUGUGUGGAGAACAUUAAGGCUGUAGCCAAUGAAGUGCAUUAGCUUCUUUGUAUUUCCUCAGCAGGUAGCUGAUGGUUAUGAGCUAAAGUUACAUUAAUGUACAAAACUAUUUUAAAUGACUAUGCAAGUAAAAAUAUUCACUAAGGAGUGAAGAAAGGCACAUGUAAAGGUUAACUCCCAUAUGGAAAAUCCCCACUGGGUCAGGAUCAGCUAAUGCA